UCUUAUUUCUCACCACUAAACCUCUUCAAGAACAACCAAAACCUUCUUGGAUUAAAUCCCUCUUGUUCUUAAAGAAUCAUGGCCCCUAUCACUUAUAGCUCUGAGAUGACCUCCCCAAUCCCUCCAGCUAGGUUGUUUAAGGCCGCCAUCCUUGAUGACACCCUUCUUCCCAAAAUCCUGCCACAGGCCAUCAAGAGUGUCGAAAUCCUUGAAGGAGAUGGUGGAGCUGGAAAAAUUAAGUUGAGCAAAUUUGGUGAAGCUAACAAAUUCAAGAGUGCCAAACACAGAGUUGAUGAACUUGACAAAGAAAACUUCGUUUACAGCUAUAGCGUAAUUGAGAGUGAUGCAUUGAAAGAUGGAAUUGAGAAAUUCACCAAUGAGGUCAAAUUUGAAGCCUCCCCUAAUGGAGGGUCAAUUUGCAAAACUAACAGCAGUAUCUACACCAAGGGUGAUGUCCAGAUCACUGAGGAAGAAAUUAAGUGAGCAACAGAAAGGGCAUUGGGAAUGUUCAAGGCUGUUGAGGCUUAUCUCCUUGCCAAUCCUGAUGACUACAACUAAUUAAUCAAGCUAUUGCAAGACUCUUCCACACAUAUUUGCUUACUGUUGUUUUUUACGAAAGCUUCAAUUGCCUUAAGCUGUAUGGUUGAAUUAUUUUGGAGCUCUGAUCAUAAUAUGUGAUCAAGGUGUGCUUUGCUUGUAUUUUUGCUUGAUCACAGAGUGUGAUCUUGUUUGAUGCUUUUUCUUCGUUCUUGUGCUGCAACAAACUGUUUUGAAUUCAAUUUCAUAUCUCUCAUCUUGAAGUCCCAAGAUUCAAUGGGAUUGGGAAUUCUUACCAAUCAGCAGCAUAUAUUGGAGAAUCGAUAUGGAGACACGAAUUACUAUCAUUUACGU